UAGUGUCGUCAAUGGGAAGCACACGAGACGGUGGCAAAGCGAGUUACGGUCUAGAUUGAAAUCCGCGGCUGCACCAUGCUCUCCAGGUCUAUCCCGUGUCUGUGGAUUACAUUUUGCCUUCAUUUAUGCUGUUAUGUAGACAGCGGAGAAGCACAGAAUGCGAAAGAAGUGAUUCUGCUGGACUCCAAGGCACAGCAGACAGAACUGGAGUGGAUCUCCUAUCCUCCCAAUGGGUGGGAAGAGAUCAGCGGCUUGGAUGAGAACUACACACCCAUUCGCACAUACCAGGUUUGUCAAGUCAUGGAGCCCAAUCAGAAUAACUGGCUUCGGACUAACUGGAUAGAGAAGGGCAAUGCCCAGAGAAUUUUUGUGGAACUGAAGUUCACCUUGAGGGAUUGUAACAGCCUACCUGGUGUGGUGGGCACAUGCAAGGAGACGUUCAACCUGUAUUACCAGGAAACAGAUUCGGAGGUGGGAAGGAGCUUACGGGAGAACCAGUAUGUGAAAAUUGACACGAUCGCCGCAGAUGAAAGCUUCACCCAGGGCGACCUGGGCGAGAGGAAGAUGAAGCUGAAUACAGAAGUGCGCAUAAUUGGCCCCCUGUCCAGGCGGGGCUUCUACCUGGCCUUCCAGGAUGUCGGGGCGUGUAUCGCCCUGGUCUCUGUCAAAGUUUAUUACAAGAAGUGUUGGUCUAUCAUCGAGAACCUGGCCACAUUCCCCGACACCGUGACGGGAUCGGAGUUCUCCUCGCUGGUGGAGGUCGAGGGCAUGUGCGUGAGUGACGCCGAGGAGGAGGCCGACAACUCUCCCAAGAUGCACUGCAGUGCCGAAGGGGAAUGGCUCGUGCCAAUUGGGAAAUGUAUAUGCAAAGCUGGAUUUCAUCAGAAAGGAGAUGCGUGUGAACCGUGCGGUCGUGGUUUCUACAAGUCUUCCUCCCAGGACCUUCAGUGCUCUCGCUGUCCGGCGCACAGCUUCAACGACCGCGAGGGCUCCUGGCGCUGCGACUGCGAGGACGGCUACUACCGAGCCAUCUCUGACCCUCCAUCUGUGGCCUGCACGAGACCUCCCUCCGCGCCACAGAACCUGGUCUACAACAUCAACCAGACCACUGUUAGCCUGGAGUGGAGCCCGCCGGCCGACACGGGCGGGCGCAACGACGUCACCUACAGGGUUAUAUGCCGUCGCUGCAGCUGGGAACCCGAGGAGUGUGUUCCAUGUGGGCCGAAUGUGGGAUUCUCUCCCGCACAGUCAGGAUUAGUGGACACAUAUGUGACCAUAAUGGACCUGCUCGCCCACGCCAACUACACUUUUGAGGUGGAGGCUGUCAACGGGGUGUCAGACCUGAGCCGCACCCAGAGGCUGUUUGCAGCAGUUAGCAUCGCUACCGGUCAAGCAGCUCCGUCCCAGGUCAGCGAGGUCAUCAAGGAGAAGGUGCAGCAGCGCAGCAUCCAGCUCUCCUGGCAGGAGCCCCAGCAACCCAACGGCGUCAUUACGGAAUAUGAAAUCAAAUACUACGAAAAAGAUCAGAAGGACCGGGUCUACUCCACAGUGAGGUCCAAGUCCACAUCUGCCACAGUGAACAACCUGAAGCCCAGCACGGCCUACGUGUUCCAGAUCAGGGCCUUCACAGAGGCAGGAUACGGCACCUACGGCCCCAGACUAGAGAUAACCACCAAGGAAGAGGCCACAGCCGCGAUUGUCUCCAGCGAGCAGAACCCCGUCAUCAUCAUAGCGGUGGUGGCCGUGGCGGGGACCAUCAUCCUGGUGUUCAUGGUGUUCGGCUUCAUCAUCGGGAGAAGGUACGCUCUCGCGGGCCCCAUUGACUCUCCGCUCCUGCACUGCGGGUACAGCAAAGCUGAUCAGGAGGGAGACGAGGAACUCUACUUCCAGUUCAAAUUUCCAGGCACCAAAACCUACAUUGACCCUGAAACCUACGAGGACCCAAACAGGGCUGUCCAUCAAUUUGCCAAGGAGCUGGACGCCUCCUGCAUUAAAAUUGAACGAGUUAUUGGAGCAGGAGAGUUUGGGGAGGUGUGCAGCGGCCGGCUCAAGCUCCCCGGAAAGCGGGAUGUGUCGGUUGCCAUCAAAACAUUAAAAGUGGGCUACACAGAGAAGCAGAGGAGGGACUUCCUGUGCGAGGCCAGUAUUAUGGGACAGUUUGACCAUCCGAAUGUUGUUCAUCUGGAGGGAGUCGUAACAAGAGGUAAACCGGUGAUGAUUGUCAUCGAGUACAUGGAGAACGGCUCAUUAGAUGGUUUCCUCAGGAAACACGACGGUCAGUUCACAGUCAUCCAGUUGGUGGGGAUGCUGCGGGGCAUCGCGGCAGGAAUGAGAUAUCUCUCCGAUAUGGGAUACGUCCAUCGAGAUCUGGCCGCACGAAACAUCCUUGUCAACAGCAAUCUCGUAUGUAAAGUGUCUGACUUCGGCCUGUCAAGGGUGAUCGACGACGAUCCCGAGGCUGUCUACACAACAACUGGGAAGAUGCAGGAUGUAAUGAAUUUGAUCUUUACUCCAGCCACUGACCUGCAUUUUACUGAACAGGGCGGCAAAAUACCCGUCCGAUGGACCGCCCCAGAAGCCAUACAGUAUCGCAAAUUCACCUCUGCAAGUGAUGUGUGGAGUUAUGGCAUUGUCAUGUGGGAGGUCAUGUCCUAUGGGGAACGGCCCUACUGGGAUAUGUCCAAUCAAGACGUCAUAAAGGCGAUAGAGGAGGGCUACCGUCUUCCAGCCCCAAUGGACUGUCCACCUGGCCUGCAUCAGCUAAUGCUGGACUGCUGGCAGAAAGACAGAGCCGAACGUCCCAAAUUCGAUCAGAUAGUCGGCAUCCUUGAUAAGAUGAUCCGCAACCCUAACACUUUGAAAACCCCAGUUGGAACAUGUACAAGACCAAUUAGUCCACUGUUAGAUCAGAGCACACCAGACUUCACCGCUUUCCGCUCAGUGGGAGAGUGGCUGGAAGCCAUCAAGAUGGAACGAUACAGAGACAACUUCACAGCAGCUGGCUACAGUUCCCUGGAAUCUGUGGCCAGGAUGUCAAUCGAGGACGUGAUGAGCUUGGGGAUCACGCUGGUGGGCCAUCAGAAAAAGAUCAUGAGCAGCAUACAGACUAUGAGAGCCCAGAUGCUGCAUCUCCACGGCACGGGCGUCCAGGUGUGACGAACCGCGACGGGCCGCAUCGGGCAGGGCAAAAAAACACAAAAACAGAACUUAUCUGGAGCAGUGCCUGGGACGUAACCGGGAUAAUCGUCAAAGUAAACGGACGUCUGUUAUGUCUGACUCUUCCGGCUGUGUCUGGAGUGAAAUCAUUCCUUUGUUCCUCAGUGAAGGAUUGUGGUCCGCCUCUUCAAAGGGCACUAAAGAGAGGAAAAGGGCAAAAAAACAGCAACAAAAAAAGAAACUACCUGGACGAGAUGACUUACUUUUUUCUUCUUCUUCUUCUUCUUUUUUUGUUUUGAUUUUAUGGAAGCGCUUAUGAACUCAACCACAUAUCAAAAGGCGCAUUAAACAGGAGUUUCUUUAACUUAAUGAUUUAAAGUGCACACCACAGCUAUGGAUUUCCUUUAAAAAGAACAAAACCUGUCUACUUGCGGUGGUUUCACUUGUUCCUUUUUUUCUUAUUUGUUAAUUUUCUUCCUGUCCGCCACAGUGACAUGUUGUGGCCCAUGCAGCAGUUUUUUUCCCUCUUCUACUUGGACUUGACAACAGGGUAAACUCUCUUUUAUCCAAACGCGGAGGGAACUUUUUAGGCUCAAAGGUACUUUUUGUGCUGACACAUGCUGGACUGUGUGAACUGUUUGCAGUGUUUUCCUUCAUGUGCUGUUGAAGUGAAAAUCCUCACAUGCUUGUUUGUGACCUACAGGAGUGACGUGGUUUCAACCUUUUUUUUAUAUUAAGGAAUUUUCUGAAGAGUGCAACACUGAGGAGAUGCAGGAGGCGAAUUGUUCUUCGAAUCAAAAGACUUUUAUAUCAGAGUAGCAAUAUCCGUUGUCUUAGUGUUCACUACAGGAGACGCAGAACAGUUACUGGGUUAUUGAGUAGAAUGUUGCAGCACUGUUGAAAGAUGAAAUUGAAGCCACCACAAAUUGUUUUGCCAUCAUUUUGCCUAAAAUGUUGCACACAGUGUUUUUGUUUUCAGCUGCAAAUACAAUUUUUUAAGGGUGGAUCCGAGACGUAAUACUGCCUUAAAAUGUGUUUAGUAUUGCCAGUAUUUUAGGCACUUCAAUGGCAAUGCUUUCUGCGUUCAUUUAAAGGGUGGACAAGCUCCCUAUUUGUUUGUUUUCCUUGUAGUGUGAUGUCUUUUUAUCUGGAACUUGAACUGGUAAAAUCAAGUGCACGGUUUAAUGCCACGAGUGACACAGUCGGCGGAGAAGAGACGGACUUAACAGAGCAAUAAUAACCAGGUAGAAAUGGUCCUCACCUGAGAUUCUUAAGGUGCUAGGUUUUAUCGCAUGUGUGUGCUGUGCUGAGACAAACCCUUUGGAACGAUUCAGUCACCGCCGGGAAAUGAAAAAGGAAUGUACCUCUUUGACCUAAAAACGGUUUUGAAAAGCGCUCGGAAAAACUGCCGUGCCAAGUCAUCAAAUGAAAUAAUCAUGUCAUAUUUUUGCCGCUAUGAUAUGCUAAACGUUUGAUGGGAAUCUAACAUGGCAUGGAAAUGUUGAACUGAGUGGCUGCGGAGAUGAAAGAGGCGCCAUUCGAAACACUAGAAAGGUGCCAAUUAGCCACGCUGACAUCAUCUUCCGACACCCGACGCGCCGUCCAGAAAUCAAAGAACCCCUUCAGGGUUCGGGGUCUAAAAAUGCAGGACCAAACGAUGGAGCUCGAGUCAGACGCAGAUCGUGCUGUUAAAUCCCACCGUCCCAGCUCUGUAGGCAGCCAUGCAGCUCCCCUUGUUUAUUCAUGCGUCUCCGCCGCUCAUCCCUUCACAGGCGUAGAUGUGAUGGAACAUGCAUUAAAGUGUCUCUUAAGAUUGCUCCUCUUUUCUUCCAUACGGCUUUGUAUGGAGAACAGAGACGAGGGGGCUUUGCAGAAGACGUGCUAAAAGCCAAUCAACCUAUUCGGUGCCAUCUGUCUCCACUUCAAAUGCAAAAGGAAAAAAAAAAAAAACAGAAAAAAAAAAGUUUCCAUGUUGAGUAUGUUUUAGUGCAGUAUUCUUUGAUAAGAAAAUGCAGUUAUUCAGCUGUCAUGUAGAGGAGCGCUGUUCAUAGGGGAAAACCAUUACAACCAUAUCUUUUACUGCUGCUGUAACCUGAGAUAAAUCUAUAUUUUCAAAGCUACAGUCUUUCAACUGUUUUUGUCUCAAAUGCAAAGAAAAAAAGCAUCAGGAAUCAUCAACCUUAGGCUCACUGACAAGCUGUAAAACCAUUACUAGCUUUGUUCCUUCUCUCCAUUAUCUCUCAAACUGCAUCCACGUUAAGCCAGCCACAUUUGAAAACAACUUUUUCUCUCCGUCUUGGCCCUAUGUCCAGACUCAUCUGGUGUGGAGCCUUUAGAAAAGGCUCUCCAGGGUGGAUAAAACUGAAAGGGAGGGGAAACAAGGACAAUGUAAGCCUGCCUAGACACUAUUGAGGAAAGUCUGUCACCUGUAAAGAGGGUAGCUUUAAUCCUAAAACGGAUGUGGGCAGCAGACAUUCACAACUGCAAAGGGGGGAUGUGUUCGGGUACAUCCUGUCUGCACACAUAGUCUGCACAGUUAAACAUACUGGGCUUGACCUCAUGCAAAAUCCUCUCUGGGGUCAAGGGUUUUAAAUGUUAGUGUAGCUGAAUACACAAUACAGGUGUUCUCAUUCUCUCUGUUUAUUUUUCCUGAUCAUUCAAAAAUGACUGAAGAUGAAAUUAACGACUAUUUUCAUUAUCAAGUCCUCUUCCAGUUAUUUUCCCAAGUAAUCCAUUGGUCUAUAAAAUAGUAAAAACUGCUCAUCACAUUUUGUGAAUGCCUGGUUUACAUCCUCAGAUGCCUUGUUUUGUCCAACUAACUGUGCAAAAUCCAGAGAUAUUAAGUUAACUAAUAUAGAGGACUGCAAAAUCCAGCAAUGUGGACAUUCAACCUUUGAAUUUUUUUGUCCAAAGAAUAAUUCAAACAAUUAGUCACUUGUAUAUUUUUCUAUUGAUUAAUUCAUCAACUAAUUAAUUGAGCUCUAGAUUUCAUCGGCACAGUUGCCUUUAUAAUGACUGUUUUACAGGUAAUGAUGAGCUGCAAUUUAAUUACUAAUUAAAAUAAGUUACAUUGUCUGACAACAGAAACAGAAAAAACUGAAAGAGGACUAGCUGUUGACUUUGGCUGUAUUAAAGGAACACUCAAUCCCCAAAAUGAUCUUUUGUAUGUCAAUUACUCACCCUGUGUUACCUUAAAGUAGCAGAGAAAACUCUGUUUUCCUGACAUGCCUCCACAAUGAACGAAGAAUCCAAAAACAAAGAAAAUUCUUGAUCAAUUGAAGUAAAUGGGGGCCGUGUUUUUACAACAGCAAAACUAUAUCAAAACAUCUGUUUACAAACUCUUUUCAAUGAAAUGCACAAGCAGAGUUCAAAGGCAUGUGCCUACCAAGGUGCACUACUCAUGAAUGCCUGAAGCUGGAAGGAAGUGUUUUAAAUAGUAAAGCUUUAGGGAAAAUACAUGUGAGUUUGUAAAUGAAUGUUUUGGUGUAGUUUUGCUGUUGUUAAAGGCGGCCCCCAUUCACUUAAAUUCAUUAAGAAUUUUCUCAGUAUUUGGAUUCUCCAUUCACGGUGGAGACGUGCGAGAAAAUCAAAGUUUUCUCCAUGAAUUCAGGGUAACACAGAGUGAGUAAUUGAUACACAGCAAAUAAUAUAUGGGGUGAAGUAUUCCUUUAAACACUGUAUACCAGGAGGUUUGCCCAGUGUGUGCAGCUGAUUUACCAGAUUUUAGCUUUAAUACUGAAUUUCACCAAAAGAUGACUACAUGUCCUGUUUCCCAUUUGUCCAGGUGCUUUGUAAGGGCAGAGAUGUUAACAAAAAUUACCUGAACAAGCUUGUGUGGAUGCAUGUCGUUUUUACAUGUGUUUUCAGAAUGAUUCGGCUUAGCUUGGAUGCGUGCAUUGAUCCAUUUUCACUGUGGGACUCACCUUUGUGAGGAGACACCAGGAAUUAGCCCUGACCAGCUCUGAGCCCCUGUGUCACACACACCCUCCCUUUAUCCAUACAGCGGAGCUCAGCAAUUGGGCCUUGGCCAGACCUUUGAAUUGAAUACCGGCAUAAAGUCAUUCAGUCAGCACAAAACUCCCCAGUUCACAGGCAGCACUCUCUCUCACCCCCUCCACCCCCCUGCUCUGAUUUUAAAACCAGGGCCCCUGGAGGCCCCUCACACCCCAGGGUAGAAUGCCUCAGUCCCCUUUUUUCCUGUGCUGGGGAAACAGCAGUUUGAGCCAAAUUGAGAUUACGGCCAGGAUACAAUACAUUCAGCGUCCAAAUCACCUGUAACCUUCACCAUCAAGUCACUUUACUGUCUGUUUCAGCUCGAUUCAUCCACAUUUAAACUUCAGGUUGCUCAACUCUGGACAAGAAAAGAUUUGUUGUGGCUCUGUUUCAGCAAAAAUAUAAAAAGAGUAUAAAAUUUAAAAAGGAAAAAAAAACAUACAGGAUGUAGAGGGUUGGUUGGAAUCAGGAAUAGCAGAUAGAGUAUGACAUUAUUUUUCAAAUCUUGUGGUUCAGCAGUUGGAAAUUAGUUUCACCGCUUUGGCGAGGUGGUGGAUAAUUCCAAAGAGUGCAGCACUGUUGAUUGUGUCAGAGAGAGACGAGACUUUGAGGGAAUCUUUGUAUAUGUUCUAAUUGUAAAACUUGUACAUUUUAUUUAUAUUGUUUUUUACACAUAUUACUCAGUAGAGAGCUCUGAAUACAUUGAAAAUGCACUAUAUUUUUCUAUCUCGCAGAUGAAUUAUUGUCACCCACAAGAUUUCAGUUGUACAUAAUUUUUCAUUUAGGACCAAAGACAGCUGAUAGGAUUUCCAUCUUUACUUUGUUUUGAUUUUAGGUUGUUGUACAGUAAUACAAAAUGUCAAUUUAUUAUUUAUUUUUCUGUGAUGAAAGUAUUCAGAAUAUUCACUGGUCAAAAGUAUUUUCCCCAACAGCAGAACUGUAAGAUCAUUUAAUUAGACGAUUUCUUGUUACAUAGACAAUUCUUUUUGCUUUGUAACCUUUGUAAUAGACUGUACAUAUAUUUUUGGAAAUAUAAUACGAUCUCUAUAGAA